AACCGACCCAAAAAUUCAAAACCCCUGUCCCCAUUCCUCACGCUCUCUCUCUCUCUCUCUCUCUCUCUCUCCUACCUGCGAAAUCGCGCAAGCACAAGCUUUUUCCCAAUCCGAAACCCCUGGGCGUGCACAGGGACUUGAUGCCAUGGAAGCUGUACUUGUCGACUGUGUGCAGAGGAGUAUUCGCCACUUGAUGUACCGCAACGCCAUUUUCGUUUGCGAACGCCUUUGUGCGGAGUUCCCCUCCGAGGUGAACUUGCAAUUAUUAGCUGGCUGUUACCUGCACAACAAUCAGGCUUACUCUGCAUACCAUAUUUUAAAAGGAACACAAAUGGCUCAAUCCCGCUACUUAUAUGCACUAUCAUGCUUUCAGAUGGAUCUUCUUAUUGAAGCUGAAACAGCAUUAUGUCCUGCCAAUGAGCCUGCUGCAGAGAUUCCAAAUGGUGCUGCUGGUCAUUACCUUCUUGGGCUUAUUUACAGGUAUACUGAUAGAAGGAAGAGUGCUGUUCAUCACUUUAAGCAGGCUUUGUUGAUAGAUCCUUUAAUGUGGGCUGCUUAUGAGGAGCUGUGUUUAUUAGGUCAAGCUGAGGAAGCAAGUGAGGUUUUCAGUGAAGCUGCUGCUCUUUGCAUUCAAAAGCAGCACUUAAGUCAUGGAUUGGCUUCUCAACAAUUGCAGACAUCCAGUGAGGAUUGUAAUUCAGUUUCUGUUAGAACCUCUAGCUCUGGGGAUGUCAGUCCAAGGCAGUUAAAACAUAUGCAUGGUAAUAAUCUGAGAGAUAUUCCUGGCAAUUAUCAUCGAGCUACUACAUCGGGAGGAGCUGCUGUUCAGCCCAUAAAUGGUGGUUCCUCCAAUAUAUCAUUCUAUAAUACUCCCUCACCCAUGGCUGCACAGCUGUCAGCUGUUGCUCCACCACCUCUGUGUAGAAACAUGCAGCCAAACCUGAACACUUCUAAUGCUGAAGGCUCUCCAAGAUCAACAGUAAAUUCUACCAUUCAAGCCCCACGGCGAAAAUUUGUGGAUGAAGGAAAAUUGAGAAAGAUUUCUGGGAGGCUAUUUUCUGAUUCUGGCCCUCGAAGAAGUUCAAGACUGGCUGAAAAUGCAAGUGCAACAAUGUUAGCUGGAAAUGGAAAUAGCUACUCUUCUAAGUAUCUUGGAGGUGCAAGGUUUAGCUCUGUGACAUUUCGUUCUACAAUGGCUCGUAAGGGGCAGUCUUGGGCAACUGAAAGUUUAGAUGAAGGAAUACGCUCUGAGGUUCUCGAUGAUUCUCGUUCAAAUAUUACAGUGCCUUCUUCCUGCUCUUCUCCAUCUCGUGAUGCUAGAUCUCUUGAACAAGGAACAGCCUUGCCUGUAGGUGGCCCCGUUGCACACAGCUCAAAACUUUUAAGCAGCAUUUCAGAGCUGCUGGGCCUCUUCAGAAUUCUUGGUGAAGGCUAUAGACUUUCCUGUCUGUACAGGUGCCAGGAUGCAUUGGAGGUCUAUCUGAAACUUCCACACAAACAAUACAAUACAGCAUGGGUGCUUUCCCAGGUUGGAAAAGCGUACUUUGAGUUGGUAGACUAUUUAGAAGCUGAUCGUGCCUUCAGUCUUGCCCGUAGAGCAUCUCCUCAUAGUUUAGAGGGAAUGGAUGUAUAUUCAACAGUUCUUUUUCAUUUGAAGGAAGAUAUGAAGUUAAGUUACCUCGCUCAGGAACUGAUAUCAACUGAUCGGUUGGCUCCACAAUCUUGGUGUGCAAUGGGAAACUGCUAUAGCUUGCAGAAAGAUCAUGAAACUGCUCUAAAAAAUUUCCAGCGUGCUGUGCAGCUUAAUUCAAGAUUCACAUAUGCACAUACCCUCUGUGGUCAUGAACAUGUCGCCUUGGAAGAUUAUGAGAAUGGAAUUAAGUGCUAUCAGACUGCUCUUCGAAUAGAUGAAGGACAUUAUAACUCCUGGUAUGGGCUAGGAAUGAUCUAUCUUCGCCAAGAGAAGUUUGAGUUUGCAGAGCAUCACUUCCGAAUGGCCUGCCAAAUUAAUCCACGGUCUUCUGUUAUUAUGUCUUAUCUUGGAACAGCAUUGCAUGCCUUAAAGAGAAAUGAGGAAGCUUUGUUGAUGAUGGAUAAAGCUAUUUUAGCAGAUAAGAAGAACCCUCUUCCUAUGUAUCAAAAGGCUAAUAUUCUUGUGAGUCUGGAAAAUUUUGAUGAAGCUUUAGAAGUACUAGAGGAGCUUAAAGAGUAUGCUCCUCGUGAAAGCAGUGUUUAUGCAUUAAUGGGAAAGGUUUAUAAGCGACGUAACAUGCACGAGAAGGCAAUGCUUCAUUUUGGACUUGCUUUGGAUUUAAAACCUUCUGCUGCAGAUGUUGCAACAAUUAAGGCUGACAUUGAGAAGCUGCUUGUACCGGAUGAACUGCAAGAUUACUUAUAGGUCUACUUGGUAACUUGCUACUGAAGGGCAGAACAAGAGAUGUUGUAAAUUAUUCGGCUCGCAAAACUUGUUGUGGAGUUCACCUGCUUGUGCUAUCGACUGAGGUUGAGGAAAAUGGUCUAGUCCUUGAGGCCUGUUCAUUUUGGCUGCAUCCCAGUCGGCAUUCGGCACACUUUGUAACAUUAAGCUUGCAAUUUUGUAGGUGAAUCAUGUACUGUCAGAGGUAACAAUGAUACUGAAAGCUGUCAUUUCUAGGUCUCAGAAGACUUGUAUAAAAAGUGUUGAAAGAAGCUUUGUAUCCUUCAGAAAUUUACUAGUUGAAAUUCAUUGCUAAUUAACAAAAA